AGAGUUAGUAGAAAAAUUGUUAAUUCUGACCAGCUUCGAUUCUUAUCUCUUUUAUUUUUAUUUGUAGUUUCCAUAUUUUUUUUAGUUUUUUCAUAUUCUUGAUUUUUAGUUAUGUUGGGGUGGGAUGGCUUAGGGGUUGUUUCUUUUUUACUAGUUAUUUAUUAUAAUGACCCAAAAAGUAUGGACUCUGGUAUAAUUACUUUUUUAACCAAUCGUUUAGGAGAUUGUUUUUUUUUGUUAAGGUUUAUAUUUAUAUUUUAUUGUGGGUAUUUUUCUUUCAAUUAUUUAAAUGUAAUUGAUUUUCUAUGAUUUUCUGUAAUUGUGGUAAUUGGUGCUAUUACUAAAAGAGCUCAAAUACCGUUUUCUGCGUGGCUACCUGCUGCUAUAGCAGCCCCAACUCCGGUGUCUUCUUUAGUACAUUCUUCUACUUUAGUUACUGCUGGAAUUUUUCUAUUAAUUCGAUUUAACUUUAUAUUAAUUAGAGUUUGAGGCUUAAUAAUACUUAUCUCUUUAUUAACUAUACUUUUGGGUGGUUUAUUUGCUAACUAUGAGUUAGAUUUUAAAAAGAUUGUUGCCAUAUCAACACUAAGGCAGUUAGGUUUUAUAGUAUUUUCUAUCUCUAUGGGGAAUUGGCUAUUAGGUCUGUUACAUAUAAUUUUUCACGCUUUCUUUAAAAGGUCUUUGUUUUUAUCAACAGGUUCUUUAAUACAUUUUUUAUUUGGGAACCAAGAUUCUCGUUUAUUCGGGGGAUUUUUUAUGUCAUUUUUUUGUAAAUUAUUUUUUUCUAUAAGUU